UUUAAACUCAAUAAAUGUGCGCGGCCUCAUAUAAACAUAUUCAUUUACACAAUCGCAUUGUAGUUAAACACGGCUGUGUUAAAAUGUGCGCAAGAUUUUUCACUUUUUUUGUAGUUAUUUGUUUAGCGGUUGAAAUACGAUGUGAAAAUAGAGUUGCAAUAGCUCACCUGGUAUCACAGAAUGUGACCGGCAGCAUAACAUUUACAGAAACGGCAAAUGGAAUUCGUGUUAGUGGUACUAUAACUGGUUUGGACGCUGGAAAGUACGGUUUCCAUGUGCACGAACUGGGGAAUACGAUUACAUGUGACGCAGCCGGUGCUCACUUCGACCCCGACGACAACACGCACGGAGGCCGAGACCAUGCAGUACGACACGUCGGCGACUUAGGAAAUGUACAGUUCGUUGGUAGCGAAAACCCCGUGGCAAAUAUUGAUUUUGUGGACAAUAUUAUUUCGCUCCGAGGUCGAAAUAGCAUUAUCGGACGAUCAUUAGUCCUUCACGAGCAGGAAGACGAUCUAGGUUUGGGAGGAAAUGAGGGUUCUCUUAACACCGGAAAUGCUGGCCCGAGGGUAGCUUGUGGUGUUAUAGGUAUACGUUCUCCUUCGGACCCUUGGAACUCGUCUGUAUCUGUUUUUCCUUCAGUAUCUCUAAUUAUUUUCGCUGUUGCUUUUAUUAUCGGUAAAUAAAAUAAAGCGGUACAUAUUCUAUUUUGAUCUUUGGUGGUUUGGAUUAUUUAAUG